AGUGGUGACUCCUCCCCCGGGGCGGGCGCACGUGGUACCUCCCUAGCAACGCUCAGCGUCCUCCUGCCGGGAUACGGACACAGCGGCGGCGGCGGGUGCAGAUCUGCCGAUGAACCGGUGUGGCGGCUGCUUUCUCCUGUAUGAUGGAAGAGACCAGCAGAGGUGUAUCCCAUUCCCUGCGGCUGUAUCCUGCGGUGUCCCCUCAUCCUCCGUCUCUGACACCCAGCACAUGGAAUAGCGCCGUCCCUACACGGAGAUAUCCGGUUAUCAAGCAGCGAGGCUUUUAUUCCGAUAUCCUGACUUAUGGCGCAUCCGCUCUGGUCACAGAUGUGAGUGCGGGACCUAUGGUACAACCAGACCUCCUCAGACAGGCCGACCUGGACCAUAACACCCCCAAAGUGAAUAGUUUUGAGACCCCGGAGAACCUCCAGUGUUUCCUGGACACUCAGGUCUCGUACCCCACCACCGAGGUGCUUCUGAAGUCUGAUUUUUCAGGGAGAGGCUACGAGCCAAAGGUGCAGCUUCCUUACACUGUGCCGCCCGGGCAGUGCCCCCGGAAGCUGGAACUGGAGAGGAGAAGACGGGAAUUCCUCAGCCUGAAUAUAUCCCAGCUCCUGGCCAAUGAAGGUAUAGACUCCAAUCUUCUGGUGGCCCGACAUACUGACUCCAGCAGCCUCCCCUGCAUGGGGCAGAACACAGGACAGCCUCUGCCCACAUACCUACCUCUGGAGGUGUUUGAUGACGAGGAAUUCGAUAUUCGGACCUGGGCUGAUUGGCUGAAUCUGGGAUUUGAUGAAACGUCCAAUGUGCGGAAACCUGUCCCAGGCCAGGCCCUCCUCCCGGCGGAUGACGUACUUGGGCACGAAGACCCGAAGAAUCCAGAGCUGCUGUAUGAGUGGUGCAAUGUUGGUGUCCUGGAGUAUGAUCAGCAGAGGAAGCUCUACCUGGUCCAUAAAUCUACAGGCACCCAGCUCAGGACCCCUAGAGACCGCACUGAAGCACAACGAUGCAGAGACUCGGUAUCGCCCACACUGGCACUAUACCAGUACUGGGUACCACGGAUCCGGCUGCUGUUCUGCGCUGAGAAUCCACGUGUAUUUGCGCAGAGGAUCGCAGCAGCUAACCAGUUACGGAAGAAGACAGAGGCGCUGCUGCUAUACAACCUGUAUAUUGAUUGUAUGCCGGGGAACGGGAGCCGUAAGAUCGCAGCGGAGAGUCUGAGCAGGAUGAAGCAGCGACUGCUGAAGCGAGACGAUAAUGAUCACCAGCAGCUAGAACACCUGGAAGCGGAGGUCAGUCUGGAUUACCAGCGCACAAUGAACAAGCUCAUCUUUGACCGACUGGUCUCUUUAAAGCCUGACAAGUUUUCCUACGUGACUCUCCCAAACAGAACGGAGGAAAAAGUUCCCGUGAAAGGACUAGUUCAGGUUCCAAACUACCCUUUUGCAAAGAACCGUGCGUCGUUCACGUUCACCACCCUCCUGACCAGGCCGGAGGUCAUCACCUCCCUCUGUAAGGUCCGGGCGGAGUGUAACAAAGUCUGCGCUAUGUCUCUCUUUCACUCCAACCUGACCAAGAGCGUCCGACUGGAAGAGUUUGAGCAGAUGCAGUCACAGAUCUUUUCCCAGGUCCAGCUGUUUCUGAAGGACAGCUGGGUGAGCACAUUAAAGAACGCCGUGCGCAGCAGCCUGCGGGAUGUAGGAAAGGGCUGGUACGACCUCAGCGAGCGUAACUGGGAGGUCUACCGAAUGUCUAAACUGCGGCAGCUGAUGGAGCUCGUCAAGUUUAACCUUCAGGACUCUCUGCGGUUCCUGGUGCAGGACUCUCUGGUCAGCUUCACACAGUUCAUACUGGAUGCCUGUUACAGCGUCUUGUCGUGUACCGAGGAUAUGGACUGGGGAGGCGACCUCAUUAACAGCCCCUAUAAGCCCCGCAAGAACCCUAUAUUUCUGCUGGACUUGGUGCUGGACCUGUCCGGGGCUCAUUUCAGCACGCCUCUGGAGAAUUUUGAAAGUACACUCACGAGCUUGUUUGAUAAGGGAAUCCUGGCAACUCACACUGUACCCCAACUAGAAAAGUUUGUGCUGGAAAAUCUCUUCAUCAGCGGCACCCAACUGCUGGAGUCUGUCGGCCUACACGAGCCGCCGGUGGAGGAACUGCGCAAGAACAUCCGCACCGCCAUAUGUAAAGCCCUGAUACCUCUGAGGGCGUAUGUCAGGCAGUACGAGAAAUACUUGGAACUAAAUAACACAGACGUGGAAACCUACAUGAAAAUGAUCCGAGCCAAGAACCCGUCGGCGGCCGAGGUUAGACGAGAGGCUGAAGAGCAUCUUCUGGAAAAGGAGCGACUUGACCAUUCCCUACCUAACUCCAUCAUCGUCGGCCCCUUCCACGUCGGCAUUGAAGGAGUGAAGCAGAACCUGUCUCGUAAACGCAAAGCCCUCUCCAACGCGCUGCUGGAGCUAUUCGCCAAGAACGUGCACGGGGAAGUGGAGGAGAUUUCAGAGCAGUUCCGAGUCAUCAGUCGCAAACUGUACGAGAAGCCGAAUAGUGUGGAGGAGCUGACGGAGCUCCGGGAGUGGAUGAAGGGAGUACCGGAGCAGGUUAAAACUCUGGAGGAGCAAAUCGCCAAAGUGGCCGGUGAUUACGAGGUCAUGGACGAUUUCCUCUCUAACCUCACCCAGGAGGACUUCAAUACAAAGUGGGCCAUCAUUGCGUGGCCACACAAAGUACUGACCACCAUGGACACCAUCCAGGAACAGCACUUGGAGGACGAGGAGAGAUUUCGGAAAAUCCAGGUCAUGGACCAGAACAAUUUCUUGGAGCGUUUGGACUCCCUGCAGAUGGUCGUCGCUGGAUUCUCCACUCACGUGGAUAUAAAUCGGGCUCACGAGAUCGCUAACGAGGUGCGGAGGGUCCACAAGCAGCUGAAUGAGUCGCUGCAGAUGUCUCAGCUCUACAACAACAGGGAGAGGCUCUUCAGCCUGCCAGUCACAAAUUAUGACAAGCUGCUGAGACUGGUGAAAGAUUUCCAGCCCUUCCGAGACCUAUGGACCACCGUCUCAGACUGGAUGCGCUGGUACGAGAGCUGGAUGAAUGAUCCCCUCACCACCAUUGACGCUGAGCAGCUGGAGAAGAACGUCAGCGAGUCUUAUAAAAGCAUGCACAAGUGUGUGAAACACUUCCGGGAUAUUCCAGCCUGCCAAGAUGUUGCCCAAGACAUCAAGGGCCGUAUUGAAGAAUUUAAGCCGUAUAUCCCACUGAUACAAGGCUUGCGCAACCCUGGCAUGAGAAACCGUCACUGGGAGAUUCUAUCUGAAGAGAUAAAGAUCAAUGUCAAGCCCAAAGCCAACCUGACCUUCACCCGCUGCCUGGAGAUGAGGCUACAGGACCACAUAGAGAGUAUAGCCAAGGUGGCAGAGAUUGCGGGAAAGGAAUUCUCCAUCGAACAGGCCCUGGACAAAAUGGAGGGUGAGUGGGCCUCAGUGCUGUUCAAUAUACUGCCUUACAAAGAGACUGGCACCUUCAUCCUGAAGAGCCCCGAGGAGGCCUCGCAGCUGCUGGACGACCACAUUGUAAUGACGCAGAGCAUGUCCUUCUCCCCCUAUAAGAAGCCCUUCGAGGAACGCAUCAGCAGCUGGGAGAGCAAACUGCGCCUGACCCAGGACGUGCUGGAGGAAUGGCUGGCCUGCCAGCGCUCAUGGCUCUAUCUGGAACCAAUAUUCAGCUCUGAGGAUAUAAACAGACAGCUGCCGGUAGAGAGCAAACGUUACCAGACCAUGGAGAGGACCUGGAGGAAGAUCAUGAGGAACACUGAGGAGAAUAAACAGGUCAUUUCCCUGUGCCCCGAUCCCCGUCUCCUGGAGAGUCUCCGGGAAUGUAACAAGUUGCUGGAAUUGGUGCAGAAAGGACUCAGUGAAUAUCUGGAGACCAAAAGAGGAUCUUUCCCCCGGUUUUACUUUCUGUCGGACGAUGAACUCCUGGAGAUUCUGUCCCAGACAAAGGACCCCACUGCCGUGCAGCCGCAUCUGCGCAAGUGUUUUGAGAAUGUUGCGCGGCUGUUGUUCCAGCCAGAUCUACAGAUCACUCACAUGUACUCAGCAGAGGGGGAAGAGGUGCAGAUGUCCACACCCAUCUACCCUACGGGCAACGUGGAGGACUGGCUACUGGUGGUGGAGAAGGUUAUGAAGGCCAGUGUACGGGAUUACAUAGAGCAGUCUAUUAAGGCUUACCCCGAUACUCCUCGUUCGGAGUGGGUGACCAACUGGCCAGGCCAAGUCGUCAUAGCCGGAUGCCAGACUUUUUGGACAAAGGAAGUGUCCGAGGCGUUGGAGGCUGGAAAUUUGUCCACCAAGCUCUUUCCACAACUAGAAGCUCAGCUGAGCGACCUCGUGGCUUUGGUGCGGGGGAAGUUAUCUCGGAUGCAGCGCUCCAUCCUGUCCGCUCUCAUCGUGAUUGAGGUCCAUGCAAAAGAUGUCGCCGCUCGUCUGAUUGAGGAAAACGUGAACAGCGUCAAUGAUUUCGAGUGGAUCUCCCAGCUCCGGUAUUACUGGAGCCGGGAUGAUCUCUAUGUGAGAGCCGUCAAUGCUGAGUUCCUGUAUGGCUAUGAGUACCUGGGGAAUACCGGACGCUUAGUCAUAACUCCACUCACUGACCGGUGCUACCUGACACUAACAGGAGCCCUCCACCUAAAGUUUGGUGGAGCUCCUGCAGGCCCAGCUGGAACGGGGAAGACGGAGACCACUAAGGAUCUCGGGAAAGCUCUGGCAAUCCAAACUGUCGUGUUCAACUGCUCUGACCAGCUGGACUUUAUGGCCAUGGGCAAGUUCUUCAAAGGCUUGGCCAGCUCCGGGGCCUGGGCUUGUUUUGAUGAGUUCAAUCGUAUUGACAUUGAGGUGCUUUCCGUCGUAGCCCAGCAGAUCACCACCAUCCAGAAGGCUCAACAGCAGAGAGUGGAUCGGUUCAUGUUUGAAGGAAUGGAGAUCCCGCUAGUGUCUACUUGCGCAGUCUUUAUUACCAUGAACCCGGGAUAUGCCGGCCGCACAGAGCUACCCGAUAACCUGAAGGCCCUCUUCCGUCCAGUAGCAAUGAUGGUCCCGGAUUACGCGAUGAUCGCUGAGAUAUCACUCUAUUCCUUUGGCUUUAACAAUGCUAAAAUCCUGGCAAAGAAAAUUACUACAACUUUCAAACUAUCGUCUGAGCAGCUCAGCUCCCAGGAUCACUAUGACUUUGGGAUGAGAGCUGUUAAAACUGUUAUUUCUGCUGCUGGUAAUCUAAAGAGAGAGAACCCAACAAUGAACGAGGAGCUGAUCUGCCUCAGAGCAAUCCGGGAUGUCAACGUUCCCAAGUUCCUACAGGACGACCUGAAGCUCUUCAGUGGAAUCGUGUCUGACCUGUUCCCGCGGAUAGAGGAGGAACACAUUGAUUAUGGCAGCUUGGAGGAGGCAAUUCGUAAGGCCUGUGCCCAGAGGAACCUGAAGGACGUGGACGGCUUUGUGACCAAGUGUAUCCAGCUGUAUGAGACCACCGUGGUGCGGCACGGGCUGAUGCUUGUGGGUCCUACAGGCUCCGGGAAGUCAGAGUGUUACAAAGUCCUUGCAGCUGCCAUGUCAUCACUGAAGGGUCUCCCCUCGGUCAGCGGAGGAACCUACGAGGCUGUCCAAUACUACGUGCUAAACCCCAAGUCUAUCACCAUGGGCCAGCUGUAUGGGGAGUUUGACAUACUGACACACGAAUGGACGGAUGGGAUCCUGUCAUCGCUGAUCAGAGGAGGUACAACCUCCACGGACCCCGACAAGAAGUGGUACAUGUUUGAUGGCCCAGUGGAUGCGGUCUGGAUUGAGAAUAUGAACACGGUGCUGGAUGACAACAAGAAGCUGUGUCUGAGCUCUGGGGAGAUCAUCAAACUUACAGAGGCCAUGACUAUGAUGUUUGAGGUCCAGGAUUUGGCCGUCGCGUCCCCGGCUACUGUGUCUCGCUGUGGGAUGGUGUAUUUGGAACCUAGUAUUCUAGGACUGACCCCGUUUGUCGAGUGCUGGCUCCGCCGCAUUCCCCCCAUCAUGGCACCAUUCGCAGAGCAGCUGGAGUCGCUCUUCUCACGAUUCCUACAGGACUCCAUCCACUGUGUGCGGCGGUCAGUGAAGGAAGUCAUCGCUUCCACGGACACCAACCUGACUAUAAGUCUCCUCAAACUGCUGGAGUGUUUCUUCCAGCCCUUCAUUCCCCACGAGGGACACAAGAGGAUACCCCAGGAGAAACUGAAUCGUAUUGGGGAGCUGGUGGACUCGUGGUUCAUCUUCUCCUUGAUAUGGAGCGUUGGGAUCACCGGAGAAUCAGACGGCCGCGUGUUAUUUAGCAAAUUUUUGAGAGACAAAAUGGUUUCUGAGAAGGUGGCGAUGCUGUUCCCAGAGGAAGGUUUGGUCUAUGACUACAUGCUGGAUGAUGCAGGAAUAAGCAGCACUGCUGAGGAUGAGGAGGAUGAUACGAAGAAGAAGGUACGCUGGGUGAGCUGGAUGGAGACGUCUGCCCCCUACACUAUCGCACCUGACACCAGCUACUCUGAUAUCAUUGUGCCCACGCUGGACACUGUGCGGAUGUCCCAUCUCCUGGGCAUGCUGCUGGACAAUAAGAAGCCGGUUCUGUGUGUGGGUCCCACGGGCACAGGGAAGACUCUGACCAUCUCCGACAAGCUGCUGAAGAACAUGCCCCAGGAGUACAUCAGCCACUUCCUUAUGUUUUCUGCUCGGACAUCGGCCAAUCAAACGCAAGACCUCAUAGACAGCAAACUGGACAAAAGGAGGAAGGGGGUGUUUGGGCCGCCCCUCGGACGUUACUUCAUCUUCUUCAUCGAUGACAUGAACAUGCCAGCGCUGGAGACAUACGGCGCGCAGCCCCCUAUUGAGCUGCUGAGACAGUGGAUGGACCAUGGGGGGUGGUAUGACCGUAAGCAGAUAGGGGUCUUCAAGAAAUUAGUGGAUAUUAAUUUCCUGUGCGCCAUGGGACCACCCGGAGGGGGCAGGAAUCCGGUGUCGCCUCGGCUCAUGCGACACUUCAACUACUUGUCCUUUACUGAGAUGGACGACAGCAGCAAGGGCAGAAUUUUCUCCACCAUCCUGGGCAGUUGGAUGGCCAGGGCACCGGCAGUCCAGCACCUGACCGAGCAGCUGGUGGAUGCUACAAUUAAAGUGUAUAACACCAUUACAUCACAGCUUCUCCCCACGCCGGCAAAGUCUCACUACACGUUCAAUCUCCGAGACCUGUCCAAGGUCUUCCAGGGAAUGCUAAUGGCUGAGUCGGCUGGAAUGGAGGACAAGUUUUGCCUGUUGAAGCUGUGGUACCACGAAUUGUGCCGGGUGUUCCAGGACCGGUUAGUGAAUGAGGAAGACCGCGGCUGGUUUGAUGAUCUGACCAAGGCCAGGAUGCAGGAAUUAGGGGCCAACUUUGAGGAGGUGAUACCACAACAACCCGUCCUGUAUGGUGAUUUUAUGUCCUCCAGAUCUGAAGCCAAAUCCUACCAGCUUAUUGAGGACCGGCAGAAGCUCCUUCAGGUGAUGGAGGAAUACAUGGAGGAUUAUAAUCAGAUAAAUACAACCAAGAUGAAGCUGGUUCUUUUCCUUGAUGCCGUCCAGCACGUGUGUCGCAUCAGUCGUGUCCUGCGCCAGCCGCUGGGAAACGCUCUCCUCUUGGGGGUGGGAGGAAGCGGGAGACAGUCUCUCACCAGACUCGCCAGUCACAUGACCGAGUAUGAAUGUUUCCAGAUUGAGUUGUCUAAAAACUAUGGCAUACCUGAAUGGCGAGAAGACAUAAAGGGCAUCCUGCUGAAAGCCGGCCUACAGAACACGCCCAUCACCUUUCUCUUCACGGACACCCAGAUUAAGAACGAGUCAUUUCUGGAAGACAUAAACAACAUCCUGAAUUCCGGCGACGUCCCGAACGUUUACGGCCCGGAUGAGCAGGAUCAGAUCAUCACCGCCAUGAAGCCGGUUGUACAAGACCUGGGGCAACAGCCGACCAAAGCCAACUUAAUGGCUGCCUACACCCGCCGAGUGAGGGGCAACAUCCAUAUGGUGCUGUGUAUGAGCCCGAUAGGGGAGGUGUUCCGCUCUCGUCUCAGGCAGUUCCCGUCCUUGGUGACUUGCUGCACCAUCGACUGGUUUGAUGAGUGGCCGGCGGAGGCCUUGCAAUCCGUAGCGUCCUCUUUCCUGAUGGAGAUUCCUGAGCUCGAGUCCAGAGAGUCUGUCAUCCAAGGCAUGAUCCAGAUGUGCGUCCACAUGCACCAGUCAGUCGCUCUCAAGUCCAAGCAAUACCUGGCGGAGCUUUCCCGGCACAAUUACAUCACGCCCAAGAGCUACCUGGAGCUUCUCGGAAUCUACUCAGGCCUGAUUGGUAAGAAGCUGCUGGAGAUCCAGACUGCCAAGGACAGGAUGAAAAGCGGGCUAGACAAGCUUCUCCACACGGCCGAGGAUGUAGCCAAGAUGCAGGAGGAGCUGGAGAUAAUGCGCCCUCUGCUGGAAGAGGCCGCACGGGACACCGUCACCACUAUGCAAAAGAUUGAGAAAGACACGGUGGUCGCUGAAGCCACCAGGGCCUCGGUGCAGGUGGAGGAAGCGAAGGCCACGGAGAAGGCUCGCAGGGCUCAGGAAAUUGCUGAAGAUGCUCAGAAGGACCUGGAUGAGGCGCUUCCGGCUCUGGAUGCUGCGCUCGCCAGUCUGAAAUCGCUGAACAAGAACGAUGUCACAGAGGUGAGGGCAAUGCAGCGCCCCCCAGAGGGAGUGAAACUGGUGAUAGAAGCCGUCUGCAUAAUGAAAGGAAUUAAACCAAAGAAAGUGGCUGGAGACAAACCUGGGAGCAGAAUAGAUGACUACUGGGAGCCAGGGAAGGGGCUUCUGCAAGACCCCGGCAAGUUCCUGGAUGGGCUUUUCAAGUUUGACAAGGACAAUAUUCCAGAUACCGUUAUAAAAGCCAUCCAGCCGUACAUAGACAACGAGGAGUUCCAGCCAGCGGCGAUCGCCCGGGUAUCAAAGGCCUGUACCUCCAUCUGUCAGUGGGUGCGAGCUAUGCACAAAUACCACUUUGUGGCACGAGGAGUGGAACCCAAGCGACAAGCACUGCGAGAGGCGCAGGAGGAUUUAGCAGUCACCCAGAAAAUUCUGGACGAGGCCAAAGCUUCUCUGAAUGAAGUAGAAGAGGGAAUCGCCACCUUACAGGCAAAGUACCGAGACUGCGUUUCCAAGAGGGAAGAGCUGGAGCACAAAUGUGAGCAGUGCGAACAGAGGCUGAUCCGCGCCGAUAAGCUGAUCUCGGGGCUGGCUGACGAACGCCAGCGAUGGCAAGAUACAGUCCUCAACUUGGAGAAUCUCUUGGUUAACGUCACCGGAGAUCUUCUGCUGUGUGCCGGCUUCUUGGCGUAUCUAGGACCCUUCACGGGCCAGUAUCGGACGUCGCUGUUUGAACAGUGGACGAAAACUCUGAAGGACCUAAAUGUACCGUGCACCCAGGAGCCUUCCCUGAUAGGGACACUGGGAGACCCUGUGAAAAUCCGUUCCUGGCAGAUUGCAGGACUUCCAAACGAUACCUUGUCUGUGGAGAAUGGGGUGAUAGCACAGUACUCUCAGCGCUGGUCUCAUUUCAUCGACCCACAAGGACAGGCCAAUAGGUGGAUCAAGAACAUGGAGAAAGACAACGGUUUGGACGUGGUGAAGCUCAGUGACCGCGACGUCUUGCGCAGCUUGGAAAACGCUAUCCGCUUCGGAAAGCCAUUUAUGCUGGAAAAUGUUGGAGAGGAGCUGGAUCCCGCUCUAGAACCUGUACUGCUGAAACAAACAUACAAGCAGCAAGGGAGCACCGUUCUACGCCUCGGUGACACCGUCAUCCCUUACCAUGAGGACUUUAGGAUGUAUAUCACAACCAAGCUGCCAAACCCUCAUUACCCUCCUGAAAUCUGCACCAAAGUCACUCUCAUCAACUUCACCCUGUCCCCCAGUGGCCUGGAGGAUCAGCUCCUUGGACAAGUGGUGGCAGAGGAGCGACCAGAUUUGGAAGAAGCUAAGAACCAGCUGAUUUUGUCCAAUGCUAAAAUGCGCCAAGAGCUGAAGGAAAUCGAAGACCAAAUUCUGCUGCGUCUCAGCUCCUCUCAGGGCAAUCCUGUGGACGACGUGGAUCUUAUCAAAGUGCUGGAGGCCUCCAAGGUGAAAGCCGGCGAGAUCAAGGCAAAAGUGCAAGCGGCGGAGCAAACAGAAAGGGAUAUAGACAGCACCCGGAGCCAGUACGUCCCUGUGGCGGUCAGGACCCAGAUACUGUUCUUCUGCGUUUCGGAUUUGUCCAAUGUGGAUCCUAUGUAUCAGUACUCACUGGAGUGGUUCCUUGGGAUUUUUACUGCCGCCAUUACCAAUUCUGAGAGAGCAGAAACGGUGGAGAUACGGAUAGAGAAUAUAAACACGUACUUUACCUUCAGUCUGUACUACAACGUGUGCCGCAGUCUAUUCGAGAAGCAUAAGCUGAUGUUCUCCUUCCUGCUCUGCGUGCGGAUACUCAUGGACAAAGGCCUCAUCAAUAUGGAUGAAUGGCGCUUUCUGUUGGCUGGGGCUACGGUGCCCCCUCUGACCGAGAACCCGUGUAUCGAGUGGCUGGCGGAACGAGCGUGGAGGGACAUUCAGGCCUUGAGCACACUAAGUAACUUCAGUGACAUCAAAACGCAAAUCACGGAACACGCCGAGGAGUACAGGAGGAUCUGCGACAGCCCCGAGCCUGAACGAGAGAAACUCCCUGGUGACUGGGAUCAGACUUUGGACUCCUUCCAGAGGAUCCUGAUUCUGCGAUGUCUGCGAGGUGACAAAGUGACCAAUGCCAUGCAGGACUAUGUGUGCCAGCACCUGGGACAGAGGUUCAUCGAGCCCCAGACGGCAGACCUGGGAGCUGUGUACCGCGAGUCCUCUCCCGUCACCCCGCUCAUCUUCAUCCUUUCCCCAGGCACUGACCCAGCCACUGAUCUGUACAAGUUUGCUGAGGAGAUGAGGUUCUCCAAGAAACUAAAUGCUAUAUCGCUGGGCCAGGGACAGGGUCCCCGCGCUGAGGCCAUGAUGCGCAAUGCCAUAGAACGCGGGAAGUGGGUAUUUUUCCAGAAUUGCCAUCUUGCACCCAGCUGGAUGCCCUCUCUGGAGAGACUGGUAGAGACUAUUGACCCAGAUAAGGUGCACCAUGAUUUUAGGGUGUGGUUGACCAGUAUGCCCAGCAACCAGUUUCCAGUGUCCAUCCUGCAAAAUGGGUCUAAGCUCACCAUCGAGCCUCCUCGUGGCGUGAAGGCCAAUCUCCUGCGCACGUACUUGACUCUGAACGAUGCAGAAAUGAAUGAGAGCAGAAAGGUUCCUGAGUACAAGACUCUCCUGCUGUCUCUAUGCCUGUUCCACGGGAGUAUACUGGAGAGAAGAAAGUUCGGCCCACUAGGAUUCAACAUUCCUUACGAGUUCACAGAUGGAGAUCUCAGGAUUUGCAUCUCACAGCUCCGGAUGUUUCUUGACGAGUAUACAGACAUCCCCUACAAGGUCCUGCGUUACACAGCCGGGGAGAUUAAUUAUGGCGGCCGAGUAACCGACGACUGGGACAGACGUUGCCUCCUGAGCAUACUGCAGGAUUUUUACCAGCCUCCGGUUCUAGAAGAAGGCUACAAGUUCUCAGAGUCUGGAGUCUAUCUUCAAAUUAGUCCAACCUAUGACCUGAAGGGUUACUUGCAGUACAUCCGUUCACUUCCACUCAAUGACCUGACGGAACUGUUCGGACUCCAUGAAAACGCAAACAUCACUUUUGCCCAGAACGAAAGCUUCGCCCUGUUAGGAUCCCUGGUGACACUCCAGCCGCGGACUCAGAGUGCCGGGGGAAGCCGCGACGAGAUGGUGGAGGAAAUCGCAGAGGGCAUCCUGAAGAAGGUCCCCCGGCUCAUCCCAGUGCAGGAAGUGAUGGCAAAGUAUCCCGUCAUGUAUCAGGAGUCCAUGAAUACCGUUCUGAUUCAGGAAGUCAUACGGUAUAACCGACUCCUGGACGUCCUUUCCCAGACUCUGGGUGAUUUGCUGAAGGCUAUGAAAGGCCAGGUCGUCAUGUCCUCUCAGCUGGAGCUAAUGGCCAACAGCCUCUAUAACAAUUCUGUGCCAGAACUCUGGAGGGCAAAGGCGUAUCCAUCCUUGAAGCCUCUGGCCUCCUGGGUGAUAGAUCUUCUGCAGAGAAUCGAAUUCCUUCAGAAGUGGAUCACUGACGGCAUACCGGCUGUGUUCUGGAUCAGUGGCCUGUUCUUCCCACAGGCAUUCCUCACCGGCACUUUGCAGAACUUCGCCAGGAAACACGUCAUUUCCAUUGACACAAUCUCCUUUGAUUUUAAGGUCCUCACCGAGUCGGCGACGGAACUGAAGCAGCGGCCCGCAGAGGGGUGCUAUAUUUCUGGCUUGUAUCUGGAAGGAGCAUGUUGGGACAAGUCAAUAAUGCAGCUGGCGGAAUCACGGCCCAAAGAACUAUACACAGAGAUGGCCGUCAUCUGGCUGGUCCCCGUGGCAGAACGCAAGCCUAACGCUUCUAUGACAUACCUGUGCCCAAUCUACAAGACCCUGACCCGCGCAGGAACACUCUCCACCACGGGACAUUCCACCAACUACGUCAUUGCAGUGGAACUGGCCAGCAGCAAGCCGCAAACACACUGGAUAAAGCGUGGCGUGGCCCUUAUAUGUGCCCUAGAUUACUGAUUCACGACCUAACUGAUCAUGUGAUAACUAUAAUGCUCAGGUUUAGUAUACAUUUAGAAGAGCUAAAGGUGGCACCAAUAAGCAACAGUGAGUAAAGUCAGACCAGCAGAUCCAUCCAACAGUUUCACCCGAUCACUGACCGCAGCUACUGUUUCCUAUAUGUUUAUUAGGGCUCCGGAUUAUUCUCCAGCAAGUGUACAGAAAAUAAAAGUUAAACCCAAGGCA